GGCGGCGCCGCCACCAUGACCGCGGACCCGUCGGCGCAGCUCCCCGACAGCCUCCGCACGGACCAUGUUCCAUGCCUUUUUUAGAUCUACGUUACCAGUUCUGCCACUGCUCCUUGUUCUGUCUCCAGUGAAUGCAUCUACCUGUGCAAUGGGAAAUAAAACCACAGAAAUCCGUGUGAAGUACGAGAAUAUACUAAGUCACGACAUCAAUGAGCUGGUAAAUAUGUCAGCAGAGAAUCGUGACAGGUGCUGCAAGAAUAAAAAAUAUGAAAAUAUCAAAGUGUUUUUCUGCAAUGAUACUGAGGAAAUAGAAUCACUACAGAGCAUGGCGUGCAACAUGCUCAGAUUCUUUAAUAAGCAGAGGAUCAACAAAGCCUUUAGACAGAAAGCAGCAUUUGUCUCAUGUGGGACAUUACAAGUUCUACAGUGUAAAUGUGAAAGACCUAAAAAAGAAAAGGUUUGCUCACAUGUAUUUAGUUUAGAAGAUACAGAGACAGGUGAACAGUCCAAAAAGAAAUGCAACCAAGAAGUUUGUGAACUGAAAGAAAAUAUAUCUAGCCUUCGAUCCUGCUGGAAUAAAUUUGAAAAAAUAAUUUCCAGGUGA